UGAGAGGGCAAGGGUAGUAGCGCGUCCUUGGGGUAGGCCCCGCUUUCACCACCGGCAGAAUGGGUGUGUACGCGGUGUAGGCGAAAAGCUGCCCCGCCAGCCAGCACCGCCGCAUGCUUCACGGAGUUUCUAGUACACGCGGAGCAGCUGGAAACAGCGGCGGCCUCUGGCGAUCCUCGCUGCACCCGUUGACAACCGUGCGCUCCCUCGGGUACGCGCGCGCGCGCGGUGACGGUCGCUGGCGUGUGUUUUGCCGCGUGUGUUUGUUGCUGUGUCUGAUGCAACUUCGGUGUGUGUCUUUCUGCGUGUUUGUGCGUGUGUGUGCCAAAUCGGUGGUGACACGAUGAAGCUGCUACAAUGAAGAGGAACGAGAGCGGAGUUUCCCGCUUCGGAUCUUUCUUCCGCCGGCGGACGCUGCGGCGGAUUCGAGACAGCACCGACAACGACUCGGAUGCCGAGAUUCCGUUGGUGCCGUCUCCGCCGUUGGUGCGCCAGUCGUCCGUUCAGCGGCAGACCAGCGCAGUCGACGACGAUGCCUCGUCGCAGCGGUACCUUUUGUCUCGGGGCGGCAUCCGAUUCUGGAAGAACUUCGCCUACGAGGCUGAGUCUCGUCCGUACAUCCGCGUCCGACACGACAUCGACCCGGACCAGGUGUGCGGCGUGCUAGUCCAGGAGUGGCUGUUCUCUGCACCGCGCAUCGCCCUGGUGCUCAUCUCGCACGUGGGACCGCUGGGCGACUGGGCGGACGCGAGGCGGCUCGAGGGCUUCCGGCGCGGCCUGCUGCGCGCCGCCAACGCCACGCCCAUGUGGCUGGUCACCAACGGCUUCAACACGGGCCUCGCCAAGCUGGUCGGCGACGCGGUGAGCCACGAGCUGCGCCGUCGACAGGCCCUGCGCUGCCACAAGCACCCGAACCGCACCCGCGCCUCCCUGCCUCCCCUAAGGCUGCUGGGCAUUGUGCGCGAGGACAUGCUCGUCAACGCUGACCUGCUCGACGGAAGGCAGGCCGACGUUCAGAUCGAGAACGAGGGCAACCGGCCCGACGAAGGCAAAUUCGAGCUGAACCCGGACCACUCCAACUACGUGCUCGUGCGGGACGAGACGGUCAACCGCACGGGGCUCAACCACUUUGUGCUGCGACUCGAGCAGCGGCUCAUCAACCUCUCCGACCAGGCACCUAUGGCGGCGUCCUCUGGCGGAGGCGACAAGGAAGGCGGUGUCGCCGAGCUGCCGCUCAUCGCGCUGCUCGUGUCCGGAGGCGACGGCUGCGCGCGCCUUGUGCUCGAGCACCUCAAACGACAGCUGCCCGUCGUGGUGUUCGAGGGAAGCGGAGGACUCGCCGACCUGCUCGCAUUCGCCUACCGGGAGGUCCAGCGAAGGUGCGCUGCCCUUCCUUCUAUCUCCUCUUUGCAUGUAGCCUCCGAGUCACGUGGCACCGUGUCGGCGUGUGUAUAA